AUGACAAGGCUACUUGAACCGUUGACUGAUCGUCAGUUUAACGAUACUAUUACCGCUUUGUCGCACUUGAGGAUGACCGAGUUGAAGGCUAUCUGCCGUGCUCUUCAGUUGACGGUAGCUGGACGUAAAGCUGAAGUACACGAUCGAAUACAGCGCUACAUCACCAGUGGACAUCAUAACGCCGAUUUGCCACGUGAACAUGCCAUUAGAGAACUUAUACUAAAGGCAGACCAGGGUGAACCUCUGCCAGAUUACUAUCAGAUCCUAUCAUCUUUCAGAUCGAUGCGCUCCUCCAGUAGGGGCCACAAGUACAAGCCCGCCCAGAGAAUACUGGGCAUCAAUUUCAAACCCAGCCCUUUCUUCUCGUUGAAAAGACGCGUCGUGAUGAAUGGAACUAACUCUAUUCUAGCCAUUAGACAGCCCGAAGGUCGCGGAACUGCGCGUAUUACGUUCUCUCUACUCCGCAAGGAUGUGGAAGUUCUUCAUUCCUCUUCGACUAUGCGGCUUUUCUUACUAAGUGGAGCUGUCACCGAAUCUAAUGACUCUGAAGAGAAGCCACUAGAGUUUCCACAGCCCAUAGAGCUGACUUUUAAUGGUACUAAGCUUACUGAUAAUGUUAAAGGUAUCAAGGGUGUAGCAGGGUCUGCAAAGCCUGCGGAUCUCACCCCCAAAUUAUAUGAGGACAAGGUGAAUGUACUGGAUAUAGUAUAUGCCUACACCAAGCGCGAUUUUCUCUUGUCAAUUUACAUAGUAGAGAUCACAACGGUGGAAACUCUCUUGUCGCGUGUUCUAGCUCAGCCAUGUAUCCCCAGAGAAAUCACCAUUUCUAUGAUCAAAGAAAAUGCUGACCAGGACGACAUGGUUGCAUCUAAGGAGAUAAUUAGUCUCAAGUGUCCAUGCUCUUAUAUGAAAAUGCAAUAUCCGGCCAGAUCUAUGUACUGUGAGCAUUUCCAAUGCUUCGAUGCAUACUCGUUUCUCAAGCUUCAGGAUCAAGCUCCUUCGUGGCUCUGUCCCAUAUGCACACAUAAGAUUCCGUUGAAUCAGUUGCUUGUGGAUGAUUAUUUCAGCGAGGUGGUAAAAAUUACCGACCCAUCCGUAGAAUUUGUUGAACUCGAGCCUGACGGCAGCUGGCGACCUAAAGUAGUGAUGGAAGAACGCAGAGUGCAUCAUAAGCCUAUUACAUUACCGAAUGCAAACGGCAUUAAGGUGGAGGAUAGAACAAUUCCUCAGCAACACGAAGGAGAUGAAAUUGAGGUGAUUGACUUGGAUUCUGAACCAGAAGUACCGGCUAACGGCACGACAGAAAAUAAUGACGUCGUUACUGCUUUGAAAGCAGAUUCUUCUUCAGAUAUUGAUACAAUCCUUCCCAGAAUUCAAAAGAAGACACUUCGGGCGAUGAUCCCAUUGGCUGAGCCGUCUCCCACUACAGUGCAUCCACCAGCUAUUUCCCCCUCCCUCGGUUACUGCUCAUCAGAAAUCGACAGACUCGCAUCGCAGGCGCUCCAAAAUGCGGACUCUCAUGAAACGCCCGCAACGCCUGCUGCUCAAACAGUUGUUUUCGAAGCAUUCCAAUUGCACAGAAAAAAACAACGAUCACAACCGCCUGCUAGAUCUGUUUUCACGCAAUCGUUUUAUCAGGGACAGGAUGAGCCAGAUGAUUUGCCUCUACAUCCACUCGAAAAUCAAAGUGCACAGCAACAUAUGCCAGUGGAAUAUCAAAGUGAGCAGCAACAGAUGCGUCUACUGGCCGGCCCUGGUGUAAUCUCUUCCGGUAAAAGGCAUGCAGAAACUGCAGAUACUCGCUCAUCAAAAUUGCAGAAAACUGCACAUGUUCAGCAAUCGACGCAUGGUCACCCCGCGGUGGAAGAUACAUCAACACAAGAUGAAAUAAAUUCGUCUUUAAACAUGCUAUUAGCAGCAGGUCGAGAAUAUCAUUCGUUGAGCUCUUAUGAUGCUAAAAUACACAACAGGUUUCUCAGCACGUGGUCGGAAAACAAUCAAGAUUCAUUACCAAUGAUGGCAAGAAAAUCGUCUGCUUUAUCUGUAGUGGAGUAUCUGGAUGCGAUGCUAGGAGCGUCUUGUGAGCUACUUAUGCGAAUGUGUGAUAGAGAAGUCCGUCUAUCAGAACUUUUUGGUUGGAUGUUGAAAUUUCUUAGAGAUGCUUUGUUUAAAAAAGUGCAAACCUCACCACUUGAUACUGAAGAGUAUGCUGAUAUGAAAACACAGCUAGAUAUGAUGCAUUUACGUUCGUUUGCCUUAGAGGCCACCAAAAGGGUGAACUCAACUUUGAAUAACCAGUUAUUAUUAAUUCAACAAUCAAUUGGCCACAAAAAACUCAAGGACCUCAAAAAGGCGUUUGCGGGCAUUUUGAUGACCACUGAGAAGUUGAUAAAUUGCAAGAACUCGACGGAGUUAGGCGCCUUUGACAAGCUCGCUUUAUUGAAAGCGCAGAAACUCUUAAAUCGGUGUAAUAUUCAAUUGAAGCCGCCGGUCAACGUAUCUGAUAAGGAUUUACAAUGCUUAAAUGCUUUAAAUUACGAUAUAGAAACGUUUGAUAAAAGCCACUUCAACUUUGAGGAGGAUGACAAGAAAAAGAAGACACUUGACCAAGAAUUCAUUGGAACAGCGACAACAUCAGUUGCGUCAUGGCAGGCUCAGACUGAGAAUGCACCAUCAGCUUUACCAUGCGCUCAACCAGUAGCUGCAUUUACAGAGAAAUUACCUCCAUGGAGCUAUACGCAGCAUCUCACUGCCGUCGCACAGAAGAGAAAUCAGACGGCACCCUCUGUAUUUACUGAAAAGAAAGGUUCACUCCAGGCUCCACAUGAGAGAGGAUAUAGAAGUACGGGGUCGCUACCAAGUUUAUCUGGAGCGAGGGAGGUCAAUUCCCAGAACACUGAUAUGACAGAGCAGAGAAUUCGCAUACAGCAGAAUUGGUCGGCUGAGAUGAAAAUAAGAGCUGAAGCCCGUCGUGUAGAAGAAGUACGGAAAGCCGAAGAGGCUAGAAAGGCGGAAGAAGGACGGAAAGUGGAGGAGGCCAGAAAGAAGGCCAGAAAGGUGGAAGAAACUAGACAAGCAGAAAAAGCUAGAAAGGUGGCCGAAGCCAGAAGAGUGGAAGACGCACGGAAGGUGACCGAAGCACGUAAAGCAGAAGCACAGAAGGCAGAGGAGGCAAGAAGGGUGGCCGAAGCACGGAUGGUGGAGGAGGCCAGAAUGGCAGAACAAGCUAGAAAGGUGGCCCAAGCUCGUAAAGCAGAACAAGCUAGAAAGGUGGCCGAAGCUAGAAAGGCGGAGGAAACUCGGAGAGUGGAAGAUGCCAGAAUGGAAGAUCAAGCUAGAAAGGUGGCCGAAGCUAGAAAAGUGGAAGAGGCUCGUAAAGCAGAAGAGGCUAGAAAGGUGGCCGAAGCACGGAGGGUGGAGGAGGCCAGAAUGGCAGAACAAGCUAGAAAGGUGGAGGAGGCCAGAAUGGCAGAACAAGCUAGAAAGGUGGCAGAAGCACGUAAAGCAGAAGAAGCUAGAAAGGUGGCAGAAGCACGUAAAGCAGAAGAAGCUAGAAAGGUGGCCGAAGCACGGAGGGUGGAGGAGGCCAGAAUGGAAGAUCAAGCUAGAAAAGUGGCCGAAGCACGGAGGGUGGAGGAGGCCAGAAUGGCAGAAGAGGCUAGAAAGAUGGCAGAAGCACGGAAAGCAGAAGUUCGUAUAGCAGAAGCCAGGAAAGCCGAAGAGGACAGAAGGACAGAGCAAGCUCGUAAAGCAGAAGUACAGAAAGCAGAGGAAGCACGGAAAACAGAAGAAGCUAGAAAGGUGGAGAAAGUUUGUAAGGCUGAAGAGACUCGUAGAGCAGAAGUCCAGAAGGCAGAAGAAGCGAGAAAAGCAGGUGGAGGUCUACACUUGGAUCUGCACUCGACAGUGCAGCAGAGAAUUGCUGAUACAAAGGAAAGAGUUGCCGAGGCCAAAAAACAACAAGAGCAACUGCAUAACUCGUGUCAGAACGGUAUAGCGGCCUUUAAAAACCCUGUUCCUAGCCAUAUCGAGGAACUCGGAAAAUUGCAUAAGACGCAGCAAAUGCUUCGAGAAAGGAUGAAUGCGUCUGGCAUGUUUAGUCAGGUAAAAGUUGAAACUCAAGGUUCUAUUCCACGUCCAAUAGCACCAGCACCAAAGAGAGUUUCCGGGACUAUGUUGCCUCAUGGAUCUCAGCAAUCAGUACAAGACUUGAGGGCCUCAACAGAAGUUUCAAUACCAGCGGCUCCAGCGGCUUUAACUGCUACAACGGAUCCAAUGACUCCCACGGCCCCCACGGCUCCAGCGGCUUUGAAUGCUACAACAACCUCGGAUGACCUACCAAAAGGAUUGCUCGGUUUCGCUGUAUCUCUGAUGAAAGUCAAAGAGAUGCUUAGCCACCGGUCAUUUUCGGGACUAAGACUCAAAGAAACUGGUAAUACCCUUGAAUCUCUACCACCAUUGCCGCCUCCAUCAGGCCCGCCACCGGGUAGGGCGAAAACCGACAUUCAGAAUCAUAACACGGAGCCGGAAGUGAUCGAUCUUACGUUGGAUGACUGA